GUGGAGGGAGGCAGGGCUAUUUAAGCCCAGGCUGAGGGCUGGCUGGCUGGCAACCCCAGUAGCCUGUCCUGUGAGCUGCCUCCAGCAUGGAUGACAUCUACAAAGCCGCGGUAGAGCAGUUGACAGAAGAGCAGAAGAAUGAGUUCAAGGCUGCCUUUGAUAUCUUUGUCCUGGGUGCGGAGGACGGCUGCAUCAGUACCAAGGAGCUGGGCAAGGUGAUGAGGAUGCUGGGCCAGAACCCCACACCUGAGGAGCUGCAGGAGAUGAUCGAUGAAGUGGAUGAAGAUGGCAGUGGCACAGUGGACUUCGACGAGUUCCUUGUCAUGAUGGUUCGGUGCAUGAAGGAUGAUAGCAAAGGGAAGUCUGAGGAGGAGCUCUCGGAUCUCUUCCGCAUGUUUGACAAAAAUGCGGACGGCUACAUCGACUUGGAUGAGCUGAAGAUGAUGCUGCAGGCUACAGGCGAGACAAUUACAGAGGAUGACAUUGAAGAGCUCAUGAAGGAUGGUGACAAGAACAAUGAUGGCCGAAUUGACUAUGAUGAGUUCCUGGAAUUCAUGAAGGGUGUGGAGUAGACAUUGACUUUGCACAGAGUUGCCCCCACGCCUGGCCUCCCUCUCCAGACAGACCCUGUGGUACCAGUACAACUGGAUUCUCUAGACUCUGAACCUGGUUGUGUCCUUUAAUCUCCCCGCCACCCAACCUAGACUCUCUCCCCUUUCCUGUCCUGGGGAAUGCAAAUAAAUCCUUGCUCCCUAGA